AUGAAUAAUCGUUUAUCUCAAUUAAGUCUUGAUCGCAAUGGUGAUCGUGAACAUUUAUCUGAUAUUGAAAGUCAAACAGAUCCCGAUGGUGGUCAGAGUGAAGCUGAUAAAGAAGUAAUUCGUCAAAUAUUUGAUAUAUCUCGUGCAUUAGAAACAUUUGAUGAUUAUAAAGAAAUAAAAGAAUGGAUUAAUCAAGAUACAACAUUAUUUGUUUAUUCACAAAAAGAUAAAAUAUUAUCAAUAAUUGAAACAAAUUUAAAACAAUCCAAACCAGUUAAUAUUGUUGUAACACAACCACGACGUAUUGCUGCUCGUUCACUUUGUGAACAUAUAUCAAUAUCACGUAAUUGGCCUGUUGGACAAACAGUUGGUUAUCAAACAAGUUUAAAUAAACAACGUUGUGAAUUAACAAGAAUUUUAUAUUGUACAACUGAUGUUCUUUUACAAAGAUUAAUUUUAACAAAAACUUUUCAAGAUUUUACACAUAUUAUUCUUGAUGAAGUUCAUGAACCAACAAUUGAUGUUGAAAAAUUAGCUCAUUUUUUUCAUCAAGUUAUUAAUGGACAAAUUCUUUUAGUUUAUCAAUUUAAUGUUGAUGAUCAACUUUUUGAUGUUCAAGAAAUGUAUUUAGAACAUAUUCAAAAUUAUGGUCUUAUAACACGUUUAUCUCGUGAAGCAAUUAAUCUUGCUGUUAACUUAAUUAAAAGUUUUGAUAAUGAAGAUAGUAUGGCCGGUUGGGAUCACACGAAAAAUUUACCUAUUAAACGUACUACUGUACUUGUUUUUCUUCUUGGUUUACUUGAAAUUCAAACUGUUUAUGAAACUUUACGUUUUCCACGUGGAAAACCAGAUUCAGUGUAA